AUGCCAAGCACAUCACCAAGAUACAGCACAACGGAUGUUGAGACAGCUUCUAUUAGAUCAGCGGCCCCGUCGUAUGGUGAGCAAAUAAAAGUCCAGAUGAGCGAAGCCGGGACAGGAGAAAAACCAAAGGUGGUUCAGAUGACUAUAUUCUGCAACUGGCUAAUACAACCAAUAGUAUCUGAAGCGCCAUCGUACCACUCAACUGUUCCGAAUCCAGACGCAGCACCGCUAUAUACGCCUAGAAUACCUCUGAACCCCGCACAAAGCACACAAAGCACAUCCACGGUGCAAGGAGACUCGCAUGAUGACCGACGUCGCCGAGAGCCUGCUCAGCUCGAAACCAUCGGCCUACCACCUGUACCCGCCCACCCGCCAACUAGAGUACCGUCGCACUUACUGAUGUGGGCGGCUGCUGAUACUCCCACCACCAGACACUACCGCAAGGUAGCGGAACGUCGCGUGGUGGAUGGAAGAUACCAGGCAGCAGGCUCACCGGAGCGCCAAAGGACAGCUAGACUGCUCGAGGAGCACAACGCGGCCAACGGCGAGGCGUUUCGACCGCUCGAGGACCCAUACCUGGUGGGCGAGCAGGCUGCCGCUGAAGCAAGGAGAGAAAGGCUGGCGAGGGAAGGAUCAGGCACAACCCUGCAGCAGGAGGAACGACAGUGGGAUUGGCUGAUCGGUCAGUACAAAUUGCCCUGA